AUUGCAAAAAAGAAAGUUCAGAUUGAAAGAUGAAGAGAGCCCAAAAAACCUCCUCCCUUCUACUCCUCCUUGUCCUCUGCCUUCUCAUCUUAGCUGCAUUCUCCAAAAUCGAGGCGCGAAAACACCAUGGAAAGAGGAUCAAAAUGCACAAGCACAAGAGGAGCAAAAAUGGUGAUGCAUCUCUUGCUCCUGCACCAGCUCCACUGCCUGACUCCGGCCCGGGCCCCUCAAAAUCGCCCGUGUUCAACAUCUUGUCGUUCGGAGCUAGGGCUAACGGAGUCUCCGACGACUCAAAGGCGCUUCUAGAAGCUUGGAAAUCGGCCUGCAAAGUGGCCGGAGGCGUUGUGGAGAUUCCGGUGGGGCUCGAGUUUCUCAUCAAGCCUCUCACUCUGCAAGGGCCAUGUAGGCCUAAUCUUGUUUUGCAGAUAGACGGGACCCUUUUGGCCCCCCGGAAAAUCGGGUCGUGGCCGGAAUCCAGUUUGUAUCAAUGGAUGAAUUUCAAAUGGCUGCAGAAUUUCACCAUACAAGGUGGUGGCACAGUUGAUGGCCAAGGCUCAAACUGGUGGGCUUCUUCUCAACCUAAUCAAAAGAAGAAAGCUAAAAGAAUUCCAGACAUAAAACCAACUGCUUUGAGAUUCUACAAGAGCUAUGAUAUCACAGUUGUUGAUGUAAGAAUCAUAAACAGCCCUUUAUGCCACCUCAAAUUCGACAACUCGAAGCGUGUGAAGGUGAAGAAUGUGACAAUCUCUGCACCUCAAGACAGCCCAAACACUGAUGGAAUCCAUCUCCAAAACUCCCAAGAUGUUGAAAUCCUCCAUUCUGAUAUUGGAACAGGAGAUGAUUGUGUCUCAAUACAAACAGGCUGCUCCAACAUUCAUGUCCAUCACAUUAACUGUGGCCCUGGCCAUGGCAUAAGCCUAGGAGGGCUCGGCAAGGACCACCGCGUCGCGUGCGUCUCCGACGUGCUAGUCGAGAGCAUCGCGAUGCGCGGGACCCUCUACGGCGCGAGGAUCAAGACGUGGCAGGGCGGGCAAGGAUCCGUCAAGAACGUGACAUUCUCCGACAUACAAGUCACGGACGUCAAGGUCCCCAUCGCCAUCGAUCAGUUCUACUGCGACAAGAAUGUCUGCAGGAAUCAGACGGCCGCCGUCGCGAUCUCGGGAGUUCGAUUCCAUGGGAUCAAAGGGACUUAUGCGGCGCAGCCGAUUCACCUCGCCUGCAGCAGCUCCGUCCCGUGCGUGGACGUCGAGCUCGCCGCGAUCGAGCUCGAGCCGUCGCCCAACUACGGCGGGUUUCAGCAGGCGCUGUGCUGGAACUCCUACGGGAAGUCGUCGGGGCCGCUUGCUCCGGCGAGCAUGGACUACUGCGUGAGGAGUGGGAGCGAUGUUGUGAGGAGGAUUUCGAGGUCUCGUGAUGUUGGGUGCUGGUGAGCUCGUUGCGUCGCGUCGUGUCGAGGGGGCCUUAAUUUUUUCGGGGGACCUCAUUUCGAGUUCGAUGUAUGUAAAUGAAUCGAAUCGAAUC